UCCGUGCCAUUCUCAGGCAGAUCAACUCGAACGGGCGUCCAGUGAACAACACGCAACGACGAUAAAUCCGAACCAAAUCCAACGAACAAUUCAUUAAUACAUCUACUAAGAACAAAAUCACCAAAAACAAAAUGGUUUACGAAAGUGGAUUCACAACUCGCAGAACGUACACCUCGAGGCCGGUGACGACUUCCUAUGCCGUUACGUACCCGACUGUCUCGAAAGUGACUCGAGUGUACAAGUCGAGUUACCCCAUCUACUCGAGCUACUCGGUGCCCAGGUAUGGUGGCACCCGGGUCAUUACUUCGCCCAUCCGAGUUGUAACCUCUCCCGCCCGCGUGGUGUCCCGCGUCAUACACUCUCCAUCGCCGGUUCGCGUUGUCCGCACGACGACCCGAGUGAUUUCAUCGCCGGAGCGCACCACCUCGUACUCCUACACCACGCCAUCGACCUACUAUAGCCCCACAAUUCUGCCAUCGAGCUACUACACUUCGACCUUGACCCCGACAUCGUACACUACUUACACGCCGUCGUACCACUACAACCCAACUACGAUCACCCGGGUGUACGCUCGUUCGGUAUCUCCGGUGAGGAUCACCACCUCCCCGGUUAGGAUCACCCGUACCCCGGUCCGUGCCGUGCCCUCGUACCUGAAGAGGCUGCCGCCUGGCUAUGGCGCCCGGGCCCUAACCAAUUACCUCAAUACCGAACCCUUCACCACCUUCUCUGAGGAAACUAGCCGGAUUCGCAACCGCGCGCAGUCCCUGAUUCGUGACUUGCAUACUCCUGUGGUUCGCCGCGCACGCAGCUGCACUCCUUUCCCAGUCACUGGUUACGAUUAUGCCCCAACUUCGCAAUUGGCUCUUGAUGCCUAUGUGGCCCGUGUCACAAACCCAGUUCGCCAUGUUGCCAAGGAGGUUCACAACAUUUCGCACUACCCUCGGCCAGCUGUUAAAUAUGUUGAUGCCGAGUUGGAUCCUAACCGUCCGUCUAGAAAAUUUUCUGCUCCUAGGCCCCUGGAGGAUCCCGUCGAUCUCGAAUCGAAGGAGAAGCAGCGCCUGCGCCAGGAGCGUCUCCUGACCGUCAACGAGGAGGCCCUCGAUGAGGUGGACUUGGAGAAGAAGCGUGCCCAGAAAGCUGAUGAGGCCAAGCGUCGUGAAGAGAAAGCUCUGAAGGAGGAACGCGAUCGCUUGACCGCUGAGGCCGAAAAGCAGGCUGCUGCAAAGGCCAAGAAGGCUGCUGAAGAAGCUGCCCAGAAAGCCGCCGAGGAAGCUGCCCAGAAGGCCGCCGAUGAGGCUGUUGCCCAAAAGGCCGCCGAGGAGGCUGCCCAGAAGGCCGCAGAAGAGGCUGCACAGAAGGCCGCUGAGGAGGCUGCUGCACAAAAGGCCGCCGAGGAGGCUGCCCAAAAAGCUGCCGAAGAAGCUGCCCAGAAAGCAGCCGAAGAAGCUGCUCAGAAAGCCGCUGAAGAGGCUCGUCUAGCCGAAGAAGCUGCCCAAAAAGCUGCCGAGGAAGCUGCUCUGAAGGCUGCCGAAGAAGCUGCUGCCCAGAAAGCCGCCGAGGAGGCUGCUGCCCUGAAGGCCGCUGAAGAAGCUGCUGCCCAACAGGCUGCCGAGGAGGAGGCCCGUGCCCAGGAGGAGACUCGUCUGGCAGAGGAGCAGCGUCAGCGCGAACAGGAGCUGGAGCGCUUGGCGGAAAUCGAGAAGGAAGCCGAUAGCGAACUGGCCCGUCAGGCUGCCGAGCUGGCCGAGAUUGCCCGCCAGGAAGCCGAGCUGGCGGCCCAGGAACUCCAAGCCAUUCAGAAGAAUGACAACGAGGAGAAUCCUGAACCCCUGGUCGAAGAGCCUGUAACGCCUCUGGAAGAACAGGAGCCGGUGAUCGAGCUCAGCUCAAAUGCUGAGGAAGCACCCACUGGUGGCAACAGCUACGACGAGGAAGCCCUCGAAGAUGAUGAGGAGGAGGAGGAAGAAGAGGAGGAAUAGAUCCUCAAAAGAAAAGGCAAACUGUCAGUAAAAAAAAAUAAUUAAAAA